AUGAAGCGACGGACAAGUUUAGGGAUUGUAGAUACGAUCAACGAAGAAGAAGAAGACUACAUGGAUCACUCUUCUUCCUUUUCUUCCUCUUCUUCAUCUUUGUCUCCCUCUCUUCAACCACGUAUCUGUCUCUCUUCUCCUUCAAUGGAGCUUGAAUCUAGAGUCAACAAAUGGUCGUUGGUUCAUAAUUCUAAACCUGAUGUGUUGGUACAUGUGGGAGGCACAAGGUUCCAUCUACACAAGGAACCUCUGUCAAGAAACAGCGGCUAUUUAAAACGCCAUUUAACGGACGUCAACGAAUUAACUCUCUCACCGCCGUUAAACAUAACAGCUGAAACGUUUUCGUUAGUAACCGCUUUCUGUUACGGCGCUCACAUCGAACUAACGCCGUUCAAUAUCGUUUCGCUGAGAGUCGCCGUCGAGCUUCUUCUGAUAACAGGAGGAAACAACGCCAGAGAUAACCUGCGAAACUUAACGGAGUCUUAUCUCCGACGAGUCGUCUUCGUCAACGUUAACUACAUCAGCAUCGUUCUCCGCUCAUGCCUCAACUCACUUCCGGAAUCCGAAACGACGGCGUUUUUAGUCGGAAGAUGCAUAAAAGCUUUGACGGAGAUCGGAGACGGAGACUGCGUCAACGAGUUUCUCGAGCAAGCGGUUAUACUCCCCGCCGGAUACUUCAUCGUCGUCGCUAACGCCGUGCAGCAGCAUUUCCCGCGCCACGAUUUGCUCUACAGAGUCGUUGACGCUUUUAUAAAGGAACGUGACGGAGAGAUAACGGAGGAAGAGAAGCUACAGAUAUGCAACUCAAUAGACUGCGAGAGACUCUCGCCGCCGUUACUCCUCCACGCCGUGCAAAACCCGAAAAUGCCCCUGAGGUUCAUCGUGCGCGCGAUGCUGCAAGAGCAGAACAACACGCGCCGCUCGAUCAUAGCUGCGGCGGAUUCUGCGACGACGCUGGAGUCGCUUCUGCAGCGAGACACGGCGGCGAGGGAAAGCUACAGGUUGAGAGCUGCGAUGGAUUCGACGGGGUCGAGGAUUAAGAGCUUGGAGAAGGAGCUCGAGGAGAUGAAGAGACUCAUUUCGAGAGAAUCUGAACGGAUCGGGGAGUCGAGGAGCGUGAUGGAGUCUGCUCGGUCAGCGAGUUUCAACUGCGUUGACGAAUCGAGAAAUGUUAAGAAGAUGCAGAGAGGAUCGGUUUCAUCUUUGAGCACGACUUUUCGGAGAGGAGGAGGAGGGGGGUCUCCGUUGUCACAACCGCAGCAUAGACGAGAGAAAAGUUUUGGGAAAAGAUUGAUAAGUGGAAUAAAGAAUGCUUUCUCCAAACAAGAAGGCAAGAAGAGUGAGUAUGGUGUUGAGGAGAUUUAUGAUGGGUUAGAAGAUUUCGUUUGGAUCAAAGAUGAUGACAACAACGUCUCUGAAGAGCUUCACUCUCACUACAUCAAGAACUAA